AUGUUCCAUCGCGCAACUCCUCGCUCACUUUCCCUAAUUCCCGGCCUACGGAUUGUCCGCACUAGACCGCGAUGUUACUCUUCUAACUCGAACGAUACUGAUAUCCCGUCGAUCCUAGCAAAGCCAACAUGGUCUGUCCGCUCAUUGCUUCCCGAUCACGCCGCGAAACCGUCCCCCUCUGUCACCCCCGCGGAGCUCAAACAUUUACUUCGCCUAUCGGCUCUGCCUCAGCCAUCGAGCCCAGAGGAGGAAGAACAGAUACUCGAAACUCUCGAGUCCCAAAUUCACUUCGUAAAAGAGAUUCAGAAAGUAGACACCACGGGAGUUGAGCCUCUGCAGGCUAUUCGGGAUGAGAGCCCUGAGGCAAUGAGAGAGAAUACAAUUGGAUUGGAGCAGCUCAGGGAGGCUAUGUCGAAGGAACGAGUGAUCGGCCGCAACAAGAGAAUCCAACGCAUUGAAUCAGCUAGAAAUGAAAGGCCCGAUGGGGAUGUCUGGGAUGGAAAUGCGCUUGGCUAUGCAUCCAAGACAAAGGGAAAUUUUUUUGACUUUGGGUCGGACGCUAAGGGGCAGCUGAGGGACAAGGCGGAUUCAAAAAAUGACCAAGACCUGACAACCAUUCUCAGUCGGCCCCAGCGCGCAGACCUUACAGUUCUCAUCGCUGAGAUCACACAGCAUAUGAGGAAGUCUCUCGACAAGACUUUCAAGGCACCAGAUGCACAGCAGUUCGCAACCAAACACCUAAUUGACCUGAACGAUGAGAAUGAUGCUUCAACCCCGGAUACGCAGAAACCAAAAGACCUAAAUGAUAAAGCGCGCAUAGAAUAUGUGCCUACCGCUGAAGACACAAAAGCUGAGGCCAAUAUCUUGACUCAAUUUGACGAUUGGGCAGACUCAGUACUUCUCCGAGUUGGCGAGGUUGUAAAUCGGGCCUCUGAGGAGCAGAACGAAAACGAAGAAGCAGGGUUCGAUUUACAGUAUGAACGACCCCGAAGCUCAUAUGAUGAUGAGGACGAUAACACCUGGAGUCGACUUUCUGAGGUUUAUCAUCCAAUUGAGACGGCGUUAAUCCAUCUUCCGAAGCCCAAGAGGUUACUGAUCCUGCAUUCUCUGCUGCUUUUGAUGCUGAGUCUGGAACAUUACAAUGCCAACUCUCGAGUUCUCAUGUUAUAUGCUGCUUCCAGCUUAGGCCUGGGCAUCAAAACACUAAAUCAAGAUGAAGUCAAAGUUUCGAGAGGGCUACUAGAUGCUGCUCUUCAACUUCCUGCAAAUUCGGACGCUCAAGCUCAAGGUAGAGAAAGCGACCCAUCCAGAAAAUGGAAAGUCGGUAUUGCAUCUGUUGCUGGAGCUGUUUUGAUUGGCGUUACUGGAGGACUCGCGGCGCCCUUUAUUGCGGCAGGGUUAGGAACGGUGAUGGGAGGACUUGGCUUGGGGGCCACGGCUGCUGCAGGGUAUCUUGGUGCCGUUGCUGGAAGCGGUGUCAUUGUUGGCGGAAUUUUUGGUGCUUACGGUGGGCGUAUGACAGGACGCAUGAUGGAUAAAUAUGCUCGUGAGGUGGAUGAUUUCGCCUUUUUGCCUAUUCACGGAUCUCGAAAGCAUUUUAACGAUGAAAAAGAAGCAGCCCGAGAGGAUCAUCGUCUUCGAGUCACGAUUGGUAUCACCGGAUGGCUCACCGAAGAGGACAACUUUGUCGUUCCUUGGCGAGUCAUUGGUAAAGACUCUGAAGUAUUUGGUCUUCGCUGGGAGACGAAACCUCUUUUAGAUCUUGGGCAUGCGAUAGAUCGUCUGGUCACCAGUGCCGCCUGGUCAGCCGGCCGUCACGUUCUGACCAAAACAAUCUUUGCAGGCCUUAUCAGUGCGCUAACCUUGCCCGUUGGGCUUAUGAAAGUUGCCGGCAUCGCUGACAACCCGUUCAGUGUGGCCAAAUCUCGUGCAGACAAGGCCGGCGAAGUCCUUGCCGAUGCGCUGAUAAGCAAAGUACAAGGCGAAAGACCUGUCACGCUCAUCGGUUACUCGUUAGGAUCUCGAGUUAUCUUCUCGUGUCUUCAAACUUUAUCCAAAAGACACGCGUAUGGGUUGAUCGAGUCCGCAAUUUUCAUGGGAGCGCCAACGCCUUCCGAUACACCAGACUGGCGCCGCAUGCGGCGCGUUGUCAGCGGCCGGCUUGUCAAUGUCUAUUCAGGGAAUGACUCUGUUUUGGCGUUCCUUUAUAGGACAAGUAGUCUCCAGCUCGGCGUUGCAGGGCUACAAGCUAUUGAGAACGUCCCUGGGGUCGAGAAUCUUGACGUGAGCGACAUCAUCAACGGGCACCUCCGCUACCAGUAUCUCCUUGGGCGAAUACUCCGUACAGUUGGGUUGGAAUGUAUCAGUGCUCGGGAGGUGGCACGAGAAGAGGCAGCCUUGAAGGCAAAGGACUACAAGCAGGAACAACAACGGAUCCAAAAUGAGCGCCGCGCUGGAAUUGAGGGGGACACUGAAGAGGCUCGCAGGAAGCUGGAAAGCGGCGAGAUCGCUGCUGAGGAAGAGGCUAUUCCACAGCCACACCCGGAGGCCCGCCAUGCUAUACCGCGUCGUCCUCUUCCUGUGAGAUCAGCUCAAGAGAAUAAAGAGAAAGACCAAGCUUAA